AACACACUCUUUCUCUCCCUGUGUUUUGCCUUCCAUCCCUUUCUCUCUCUAUUACGUCUUCGGACCCAACUCCAUCAUCAUUGUAUGGCCGCCAAUUCCAAGAGCCGAGGCAUCACCAGCUUGGGGAAACGAGUCGUCAACCAGAUCUGGACUCACAACUCGCCUCUCGCAACUCGCGACCUUCCUCCCUCUGCCUCUGCUCUCGCUGUCAGGAGGGCGGCCUACAGUACACUGUACGAGAAAAAUUUUGAUGAUCAAGUUCGUCCAACUGUAGUUCCCGACGAUGUAAUCCAAGCAGCCCAUUCCGACAAAUAUUGGGCUCCACACCCACAAACUGGGGUAUUUGGGCCUCCAACCGACCAUAUCUCUCCUACUCCUACUGCUUCCUCUGCCACCGGAAGCAACAACUUCCACCAAUCGUCGACCACCGCCAAUGCCGGUGCAGCCUCCGUGCUGGAGGAGAAGGCCUGGUUCCGCCCAACUAGCCUGGAGGACUUGGAGAAGCCACACCACUUUGCUUAAGCUUUGAUACUACUACUUCUCCUUUAAACAUAUAUAUAUAAAUAAGGUGCUAGUAACUAAACUGGAGUGGUGUGGUGUGGUGUGGUGUGCUUUGCUUGCUUUGGUGUUAUAUGCUUGUUGAGGAGGUUGCAGUAUAUAGAGCUGCUACUCAUGA